AUGCAGGAUUUGUCAGUAAACAGGAUACGAUUGAUACAGAAAGGCCUUCAAACUGACGAAAUUUAUGAUUUCUUUGACGAUCUGGCUAAUUACAAUGGUUCUUCGAAUGUGAAAGGAGCUCUUGGGUAAGAUUAACUUAUUGUUUUUUGUUGUUUAGAUUGAAUAAGGUAAUAUAGCAUAUUGUUAUUUGUUUUGAAAGAAAUGGUGUUAUCUUUUCGGUAGAAAGUUGGAUUUUAGUGAGACAACCUUAUGUAAAAGAAUGGAUAAUAUUCAAACUGUUCAGUCCGUCGCUAAUCUUUAUUCUUUUAGAGGUUUUGUGAAGAACAACUUAAAGCCAUUUCUAAAGCAGCGUUUGUGCGAAAUAGACAAGCUAGGACGUCAUGAACUUGGCGAUUCUUUGCCUGAUCUUAUACUUGGUUUAGUUUAUUUGAUUGAAGAGGUAAGAACUGUUAGAUUUUUAUCAUCUUUGAGAAAUUUAGGUAUUAGAACGGGUACAAAUCAAAGGAUUUGAUGUUAUGACCAAUGUAUUUAUGAAUAAUUUGUUUACAAAGUCGUUUUUGGAGCAGUUAGAGCCAUUAUUGGUACGGGUUUUAAAAUAUCACUUCUUUAUGCUCAGCAAGAUUCGAUGCGAUAGUUCGAGCGUGGUGAAGAUAUGUGUGAAAUCUCCAGAUUCUCCUUCAGUUGAUAUUCUUGAUAUUACUGCGAAAAUUCAAGCUUCUUUUGAUGAAUUGUAAGUUUGGCAAGGGUAAUAUAAUUUUUCCAUCUGUGUUUGAUCAUUUUAUUUAUGUAAUGGCUUAUUUCAUGAGACUAAACAAAUUUUAAUUUUAGAUCAACUAUUCGCCAGCUUACAGAAUAUUGUAGAUCUUGUUUAGUGCUGUCUGCUCAAAGUAUUGUAACCAGGUUAACAGAAGAUUUUUGUGCUCAACGUAAACAUCAAGUAAAAAUGACAAGUUUUAGAGCUGUAAGUGAAUGUCUUUACGAUUUUUUACUGUUUAGAUGAUACAUAUCGUGGAACGAUGGCUACAAAGAUGGGCUUGUUAUAACAUUGAAUGGGAUACAACCUUUAACGAAUAUGUGGAUAAGGUGCUGAUCUAUCGACUCUGUUCUGAUGUAAGUAGGAUCUUUUUGAUGUUGUAUAUCUUGAAAAUGGUAUUCAAUAGUAGUAUUUGAUAUUUUACGAUUAUUUUUUGUAGGUAUUUGAUAUCUUUGUGGCCGAUUACCCCAGGACAGCGAUGUUAAUCAAGGAUUUGAAGGUACUGAUGAGCUCAAGAGAUUGGUUUGGCCGGGAACUGUUGUUGCAGAACUUGAGUGAAAGUAUAUGUACAAGAUUGCUUCAUGUGGGUCAGUUUUAAUUUUUUGUAUAGAUAAUACUUUAGAUUUUUACUCUAUCUUCAUAUAUAUCAGUAUAUUUUUCAAAUCUUUUAUCUGUAACAAGAUCUUUUUAGGCGUUCAUACCCGUGACAUUCUCAAAGCCUACGCAUGUGCGGUAGAGUCAUUGAUUGCUUUUGAUGAGAGCUUUGUAUUGGUUCACAAAGUAUGUGACAUGAUUAAGAGAUACGUGAAAACAAGGCCGGAUACAGUACGAACGAUUAUUCAUUUUAUCACGGCCGAAAAGCCAGGUUCAAACGCAAGUAAUGUAGCUCAGUUAGUCGACAAAGAUCAUCUGACCAACGUUAACGAUGAGUACGUUAUCAUGAUGGAAGAGUCGUUGAAACAAACAUGGGACGAAUGGAAACCGGAUCCUUAUGAUGCGAAUCCUAGUAGGUUAUUGUUUGUCUUGGUACACAUACUAUAGCUUACAUGGACUGAUUUUCAUAGCAUAACUUUCCUAUAGGUCUUAUAUGAACUAUAUAACGUUAAGCAUGCUGUUAUUACCAUAAUUUUUAAAUUUCAGCUGAAAGUCGUUUGUUUCGUGAAUCCGCUGACGUCUUCAACAUGUUGGUAUCAAUUUAUGGAAGCAGAGACUUGUUCGUCAAAGAAUAUCAGCAGUUAUUGGCCAAUAGCUUGAUAGCCAAAGGAUGGGGUGAACAUAAAGAAGCCGAGCAGAAAUACCUGGAAACAAUGAAGAAACGCUUCACAGAUGGAGAACUAUGUCAUUGUGAGGUUAUGCUAAAAGAUAUUGGGGACUCAGAGAGGUUAUUCAAGUUUGCGGUCUCUGAAGGAUUGGUAAGUCGUUUAUAUUUUGGUUUUUAGGUAGUUUUUGGCAUUUUAUUGGAUUGUUCUUGAAAUAUUUGGUCAAAUUUUUAGGGUUUUGAUAGUUUUUUAGAGGUUAUGAACGUCUUUUUUAGUUGCUAUAAGAUUUCUGUACUAAUACUGACGUUUUCAGAGGAUACCAUUCUUCCCAAGAGUAAUAUCGUCUGUAUUCUGGCCAGAAACUAAGAAAGAUUCUAAAUUUACUGUAAGUUUUAUUUGUUUUUGGCUCAUUUUCAUGUUUUUUUGUAAUAUUUUGUUAAAGUAAUGUUUAAUUUUAGGUGGUAGAACCUUUUAAAACGAUAAUGGAUAACUACAAAACAAGCUUUGAAAAGAAAAGAGAUAAACGCACAGUAAACUGGUUCAAAGACUACGGUAGUUUAGUAAAAAUGGAUGUUAAAAUAGGCGAAUGCACAUUGGCAGUAGAAGCUCCGUUGAGUUUCACACAAGUCUUGGUGGCUUUCUUGGAAAGAGGUAAUGAAAAUAGGGGUUGUGGUUAAUUUAUAUGUUUUGGGAUGAUAUUAAAGUUUCUAUAUACUGUAUUUUUUGAUGCAUUUGCACAAUUUUGUCAAAAUGAAGUUAUACGACUUAGUCAGACACCCUAUAACAAUAUAUCAUUGUAGACAAGAUAAAUAUAGAAGAGCUGGCCGAACGAUUCGAGAUGGACAAGAAUUCAGUUCUCAAAAGACUAGAGUUCUGGAAAGAAAAAGGUGUAUUAACAACGAAUCGUGAAGAUACGACGAUAUGGCAGAUUAGUGAAAACCUAUCACAAAUGGAACGAGCUGUUAAACAAGCAAAGACCAAGGUAACCAUAGACGAACAUAUGGAAUCGGAUGAAGAUGAAGAAGAGGAAGUACCCAUAGAAGAACAAGUCGAUGCAUUAGAACAGUACUGGAUGUACACUAAAAACUUGGUAAGAAAAUAUUGUUUUAGGUAACAUGGUAUUUCAUAGCUUUUUUUUUCUUAAAAGGAGCUAUUUUCUUCUGUUAUGUACUUCUUUGUCUUCUUGGUUUUACAAAGGAUGAUGCAUUUCAACGUAUUUUACAAUUUUCAUGUUAUAAAUAUAUUGUUAUAGCUUCUCUACCACAGCUCGAAAGACCCUCUAACUCCGGCGAAACUGGUGGCUAUGUACAAGAUGAUCGUAUCACCCGAACCUCCACCAUCUCUAGAAGCUGUCAUGAUGUUCAUGCAACGAAAGAUCAGAUUAAGUUUGGUCGUGUAUGAAAACGGACAGUACAAACCGGACAAAGAUCUCAAGACCGUGUUUUAA